AGACAGCAGGCGAAGGAUGUGUUUACCAUGAGAGAAAUUUCGCUGCUGUUGCGGACAAAAUGGUAAACAUCGGCCGUAUACGAGUGCUAUUGAUAGUGGCUCUCUCGACGGUUGUCCUGAAGAGUGCCAGAGCUCGAGAAGUGCCAGCCAGCCAUGUCUCGGCCACCGACAGCGUCCAGGGAGAAGCCCUCGACCUUCCGCAAAGACCUGGCGAGGAAGGGACAACCAACCGAACACAAACACACGUCGACAUACAUGAAUCCGAAUCACCCGAGGAAAAUAAAUCAGUUUCGAGAGAUAGGGACGAGUUGUCGGUCUCGGGAGAUUCCACGGCCCUCCCAACGCCCAGAGAUAAGGGAGAUUAUGAGUCAGAUAAUCCAGGGAACCACCCAGCGGAGGAAUUUUCCUACGCGGCGUCCAAAACGGGAGUAGAAUCCUUGCUGAAGGAGAAAUUGAAACCCAUUAUUAUCGGUCCUCUCCCGAAGCCCUUGUUCUCCGACACGUCUCCGGAGAGCGAGAAGGCGUGGUCCGACAUGAAGAAGGAAUAUAUCAACAGAUCUUCGGAAUCAGGCGCCGCAGCAGACGAAGAAGGAACACCGACCUUUGUGAGUGAUACCACAGGACCCCUUUCUGUGACCGCAGCAGACGUCACGACGCUAGAUUCCACAGACGCAGAGACCUCGUCGUCUGAGAUUCCCACAGGCCCCUCGGAGAAGCCCCAGCCGACGACUCCGGAGACAAAGGAGCCCUCGACAACCUCGACCGCGCCAAGUGUCAGUAACGGAGACCUACUUAGAGUUCCUUUAUGCUGCGCGGACGCCGAGGAGACCGUGCCAUGCCAGCGGCCACCACAGCAGUCCUUUUACUCGUUACCCGUCGCCCUCAGCCACUGCAGCGAGCCCGAGGAGCGCCCCGUAGUAUUCGAAGUGGCUACUGAUUUUUGUUCGAAUAAGAAUGCGACGAAAGUCAGAUUAGAUAGAGAUAACAAGAUAAUAUAUACUCAAAACAAAUUGCUACUCCACUGGAACAUGAUCUUCGUCACCGACUUCUGCGUGGAGGGGCCGGCACGUUCGUACGACCUUCAGUACCGGGUCUUAAUCUGCUCUCCCGUGGAGUCGUCGCGCCACCCAGAGCACUGUCGCGCCGGCGUGUGCCAUGCGAAGUGCUGCCCCGAAGGCUACCUCCUGCAGAAGGAGUACUGUGUCUGCUACGACGCCCUCGCCUCGUCCGUCGGCCCGUCGCUCGUCAGCCGGAGUCUCAAGAGGGGCCUGUUGCGAGGGACAGACGCCUACGUCAGGUUCCCCAAGUGCGACAGUCCCGACGUCAUCACGGGAAAUUCGUCAAACACGAAGGACGUCUUCGAAUUUUACGGCGACGACGUCAAUGUCACUGACACGUCUCUAGACUACUGCGUGGAUGAGCUCCUCGACCUUCAAGACAGUCGGAAUAUCGUCACGACGACCCUGGCUGUGGUCGUGUGUCCGCACCACCCUGCGGCCGACGAGUCAACGUGGACGGUCGUCCGGCGGGUGCUGAUCCCCCUCGGCCUGGUGGUGUCCUGCGUGUUCCUGGCGGCGACGCUGCUGUGCCACCUGUGCCUGCCGGCUCUCAGGGACCUCCGGGGGCUGUACCUGGCGGCGUACGUGGCGUCCCUGCUCGUGGCUGACUCGGCGCUCUUCACCACGCAGGCCUUCUCGCAGUUCCUGGCGCCGGUGUCGUGUGUUUCCCUCGCCUUGUUACUGCACGUGGCUUUCCUCUCCACGUUCUUCUGGCUCAACGUGAUCUGCUAUGAUGUGUGGACUUAUGUCAGACUAUCGGUCCAGGGCGUCCCUCUACACAGGACACAAGAUGACAUGACCCGGUUCUUGGUCCGCUCAGUGUAUGCCUGGGGAUGCCCUCUGGUCAUGGGCAUAGCGGCCGCCGUCAUGCAGCUUCUGCCUGAAGAUAAGAACGGAUACUUAAAGCCCAAUUUUGUGGCGAAUAGAUGCUGGUUCAGAGACGGCGUGGAGAUCCUCGCCUACUUCUACGGGCCAAUGGGCAUCCUGUGCAUCGUCAACACACUCCUCAUACUCCACACUGGCCUGGUCCUCUACUGUGCCAACAACAGGUGCCACUGCUUCUUCGGGAGCUGUGGGCAGACGAACCACACGUUCGACCGACAGCACCUCAAUGAAUUCUGGCAAAGAUUCGGUCUCUUCGCAAUCAUGGCGAGCUGCUGGUUGACGGAAGUAAUAUCGUCCAUUGUGGGUUCGGGGGAUUCGGAAUUAUGGGCAGUGACAGACACGCUGAACACUUUCCAAGGCGUGUUCAUCUUCAUCACCUUCAUCCGGAGCACCAAGCGCCGGCGGCUGGUCCAGGAGCGGCUGGAGGCGUGGGUGGAGCGGCUGGAGCGAGGGGGACUUCCGGCGCCGAGUCUUCCCGCGGGCAUGAGUCCGAGUCACCUGCUGCAUCGGCUGAGGACCUCGAGCUUCUGGGCGUCCUUGGGGAGGGCACGCGACCGAGCGCCCUGCAGGAGGAGGCCGCACCUCUCGUCGAAGCAAGUCCUCGACAACAUCAUCUUCAAGGAGAAGAUGGAGGACAGGAAGGGCUUCAACAACCAGGCCUUCGAGGAGGAGGAGAGGGACGAGGACCCCGACGGCGGCGGGUUCUCGAGGGCGGACUCCGUGAACCGGUCCGCCAGCCCGAUCUGGACGGUGCCGCGCUGGCGGUCCCUCCGCUCCAACACCUACUUCCCGAACGAGGUCGGGGACAAGGACGACGCCAGCGACGCCCCCCGCAAGGACGACGACGUCAUCUGCGAGAACUUCGUGGAUUCCCUGAGCAUCUACUCCAGCUACAGCGAGGACGGGGACCAGCGCAGUCCGUCCUCGGAGAACCCGCAGAACCAGAGGCCGAUUUUCGCGCAGUGGAACCUCCUGCGCCUCAAGAGCGGGUCCCUGAACCUGCCGUCGCGGGGCAUCGCGGGAGGGCCGGCGGCGGGGAGGUACAGCGACGUGGUCUGCCAGGGGCUCACUCGGAAGGGCUCCUUCGGCAAGAAGUGAUUCUCAAGCUUUCCUCCAAGAAAACACAAACAGAACUCAGGGGCUGUUUCCUCGUGCAUGAGCUUACAAAAAGGUUCCGGAGAGAGCUGUGCUGUGUAAUGCAACUUCUGUUCACACCUUCACAUGGGUAAAAGUGCAAAAUAUAAGAAAAUUUUUCAUACGCAUUAAUAACAACAAAUGAGAAUCAAAUAUAUUUGUAACAUCCAUUUACCAAUACAAUCACGAUUCGUAUAAGUCUGUUUUAUAUUGAAUAUACAUGUCCCAGUGAAUUAGUUUUAGAGAACGAAUCUUAAAUGAUUAGCAUUGAAAGCGUAGUUGAUAGGAUAAGAAUUCCAUGAUUGCUAAGCACUUCGUAAAACAUGAACCGGAUUCCACAUUAAAAGAAAUGACUUAUAUUCCUCUGUGCAUUUAUUAUACACGGUCUAUUUAUUUUCAUCUUAAUCUAGGUCAGUGAAUUCCCAUUUUGUAACAGGUACUUUAGUUUUAUAUUACAAAUAGUCCAUCCAUGCGUUUUUUAUGCAUUUACCAACACGAUUUUCGAACUUUGUUAACUUUUCUUUCGAAGGCAAUGGAAUCAAAUUUUAUCUUGUCAUUCUAUGGGUCUAUAUUUUUUUCUUCAAAUAUAAUUUUUAAAGAUAAGUGGAACACAAUAUGUAUGCGGCUAAUAAAUAAACCGAAUAAUUA